AUGCAACAAUCGUCGGAGCUCAGUAUCAAGCACCAUUACUCGCUGUUUUGUAAUCCUGCUCAUUGCCCUUUUGCCUUCCCAGACCGCAAGAACCGCACACCCCUACCCAUCCUAUUCGGCGAGGGCUUGCUUAAUCGUCCUGUCGAACUCAAACUUGUCUUCCACCUGCUCGUCUCUAAGCCGUUCGGCGUGCUGCUUAAGACAAGAGUGACAGUGCCCCCUUUUUCCACAGCAGAUGCCGUAGGUGUGAUAGAACUUAUCAUGGGUGUCGAAUUCUGCAGGGAGGGUCUCGAGAAGAUAUCGUCUUCUGGUGGUACAACCAAUCGCUCUUGGACUGAGAUGAUGACAUGGUUGAUGAACGAGGCGCCUGGUGAUCUUGCGAAGAACGCAACGAAAAAUGAUGCAAAGAUAGCUCCAAAUGGUGUUUGA